GGAGAGCCAUAUUUUAGAAACUACUUGGAAUGUAUUUGGGAUCUUUAUGUCUUGGUGACUACUGCUAACAACCCUGAUGUCAUGUGAGUACUGUUGUAACUUGUAAAUUAAAUACUGCUGUAAGCCAAUAUGUAUGAUAUCUAUGUGAAACAACACAUUUAUUCAUGUGUUCUUUAUAUGAAUGGUUUACAAUUAUUUUAUCAAUUUAUUACAAGUCAAUUUUGGGAUCACAGAAUUUUCCUUUUAUAUAGUUCAUGGCAGUGUGAAACUAAAAAUGUUUAAAAUAGAUGAAUAAUGAAGCCAUUGUGAUUUUAAGCUAAUUAUUUCACAUUGCAGUUACUGGAUAAAGUAAUAUAUAUACCUUUUGCACAAUUAAAUCAGGAAGAAGAAUGGAUGAAACUACUCCUGAACCUAUCUAAUAAUUUCCUAUUGCGUUCUUUGUCUCAAUCUUGUCAGCUUAAAAAUGAAGUUCUCUAUUACACAGGAUGCCUGCUUAUGACAGAAGUAAUUGGUUUGCACUAUUCUUUGUCAUUUACCUCAUUGUCUGUCUGUACAUCUUCAUGAGCGUUGUGCUGGCUACAAUAUACAACAACUACAAGACAAAUCUCAAGGUGGGUAUCUCUUUUAUUUUAAACACAUAAUAAAUGUUUGAAAGAAACAGUCAAAUACUUGAAUAUUUCAAAUAAAUCAAUGAUAAGAAAGCCCCAAAUUAAUCAAUUAAAAUCAAUAUUACUUUAAAAAAGCAUGCAUCCUUGAGAAUUUAGUAUUAUGGAAUUUCUUAUUAAAAACUUAAUAUUUUAUAUCAUCAUACUCAUCUUAAAAACAAAAAAUUAAUUAAAAAAUAAAAUUAUUUUACUGAAAAAAUAACUUAUAGACAAAUAAAGAAUUUUUUAAAUUAUUUCUCAUGUUUCAAAAUAUAGUGUAAAAUGUUCAUGUAGGUUUAUAAUUUUUGUUUGCUAAUCUCUCAUCAGAAUGAAAUAAAAGCUGCUGUAUUCCUGAAGCGACAGAAACUUGCAAAGGCUUUUGAUUUGUUGAAAGUAAAACGAGGCAAUAAGGAAGUUCUGACCUAUUCAACCUGGAAGCAAUUUGUAAGCAUCAUUCUACCUGGCAAGUCAGAAGUGCACACUGAUCUUCUCAUGAAAAUCCUUGAUCAGGAUAACACCAAUGUGUUAAGUAAGCAAAAUUAGAUACAAGUAUUAUGUUGAGGUCUAACUCAGUGCCUAAAUACCUUCAUACUUAAGUUGGGAAACAUGAAAUAAUAAUCCUAGUUCAAAAGAAAAUUGCCAAAGAAAAACUUUUUAGCAAUUUUGAAACAAAGUUUAUUUUUUGUGAAUGAUGUGUGAUAUGUAGUUGGUUUACUUAAAUUAAAACUUAAAUGGCAGAAAUUAAAAUCUUUAGUAUUAUCAAAAAUGAAUCAAUAGCUAUAAACCACAGCUACAUAGACAAAAGUAAAUUGGUGUAGUUAAAUAAAAAUAUUGAAAUGGAUUUCAAAUAAAAUCUACUAGGUAGGUUACAAUCUUAAAAUUUUCCUUUUAUACAAAUUAUGCUCUAUUAAAAGCAGAGGAACCUUCAGUAGCCAGAUUAAUGAAUCUGAUAAUAAAUUAAAUUAUUUGUUUACAAUUUUUAGUAAUUCAGCAUGGCCCUAAGCAUAGACAAAAGUAAAUUAAUGUAGUUAAAUAAAAAUAUAUGAAUGGCUUUCAAAUAAAAACUUCUAGGUAGUUAAAAUCUUAAAAUUACUUGUCUGUCAAAUUUUCCUUUUACACAAAUUAUGGUCUAUUAAAAGCAGAGGAACCUUCAGUAGUCAAAUUAAUGCAUCUGAUAAUAAAUUAAAUUAUUUGUUUACAAUUUUUAGUAAUUCAGUAUAGCCCUAAGCAAAGAUAAACAGUAAUUACACUUGAAUUUGCAAAUUAUUAUUCUAACACACAUAAUUAUUCUAUCAUGAAGCAUAUAUUGAUAAUUAAAUAUUUUAUAUUUUUCUGCUUGCUUAUAUCAACAGAUAAGAAAAGUUUCCUCAAUCUGACUGAUCUUUUUCAUGUAAAACUUACAGAGGUCAAAGAUCGUCUGACGCUCCUGGAACAAUUUUUUCCUUAUGUGUACAACCAU